AUGACCCCGACGACGCGCGUCCACGUCGUUCGACGCGCCGACGCGAGCGACGCGAGUGAGGGGCGAGCGGACGACGCGGACGAUGGCGUCGCGACGGUCGAUGCGGGCGACGCGGCGCGACGACCGGCGCGAAUGUUCACGCGAGCGAAGGAGAAGGAUCCGUACAAGAGGUUAGGGAUCGACGCGGACGCGACGAGCGAGGAGAUCGCGAGCGCGUUUAAUUACUUGAUUCGAGAGCACGCGGGAGAUGAACGAGGGGUGGAAUCGAUCGAGGCGGCGUAUGAUAAGGUGAUCAGCGAACGGUUGACGACGAGGAAGAUGCAGAAGGGAUUGAGACGACGGGCGAAAAAGGCAAAGGCGGAGGACGGGGUGGAUUACGACGCGCCGCUGGUGCAGAGAGUCAAGGCGAUGUUCGCCAAGCCGGAUCAGCAGACGUUGAUUCGACGAACGAUGCUGUACGUCAUCAUUAGCGGCUGGGCGAUCGCGCAGCCGGCGACGAGUGGGCCGGCGUUUCAGAUGGCGUGCGCGUUUGGCGCGUGCGUGUACUUCUUAAACGAAAAGAGAGGGGGGCAAGGAACGCUCGGGAAGUCGUUCAGGGAUUCGCUCAUCGCUCUCGUCAUCUCGUGGCUUGUUGGGUCCAUCGUGCCGGUGUACAUCCCGCUUUUCCCGCAAGGCAUGGCUCCGGAGUUGAUUCUCGCGUUGUUCUCAUUCGUCUCGAUGUGGGUCACGUGCACCUUCUUAAAGUGA